CUUUUAACGUAACUGCGGGACAGUUACUCGCACAUGCGCACAAACGCUUCCGAGUGGAUAGCGUCAUUAGAGACUCAUAUACGCUUUACGCAUAUACGGAAAUGGUUAAGUGUUGCUGUGUCUACAAGUGUCGGAACGUGUGUAACAGCGAAGCACGGGCAAAGGGGGUCAGUUUCUUUCGUUUCCCUAAAGACAAAAGGAAAAGAAGAGCAUGGACUAAUGCCGUGAACAGAGAUAAGUGGACGCCAAAUGAACACUCUUGGAUCUGCUCUGAUCAUUUUGUUGAGGGAUGGCACGGAGACGACCCGGGCGACGAAAACUAUGCCCCGACUUUAUUUUCCUACAAAAAGAAGCGGACAGAAGAUGAUUUUGAUAGAGAACAGAGACGACUUGACCGAGAAACGAUCAGGGAAAGACUUUGCUCAGAGAAGGUUAAUAUCGAGAGAGAGAAAGCCCAUUUGGAAUUUUCUGUGCUUGUCCAUGGCUCCUACUGCAAGAUGGAUGAUUCGGGGGACCAUGAUCAAGAUAUAGCUGCAGCAGUACCUUGUGCUUAUCAUGAAAUAACAGAUGAUGUUGAUGUCCCCAUAAUGACUUGUGAUUCAGGUGUGCAGUGUGAAGAAGACCCCCUUCUUAUUGAAAACAGACAUCUCAAAAAAGAAGUUAGAAGACUUCAGGAGGAGCUGCGGAAACAUAAAUGGGGUGCUGAACGCAUUAGAGAUGAUGACGCCAUGACACGCUUUUAUACAGGCCUACCCUCUUUUGCCAUCUUCCUGUGGCUGUACAACUACCUUUCCAGCAAGUGCUCUAGGAUGACAUAUUGGAGGGGGGAAGGGCAGACAUCGAGUUCAGACCGGCUUAGGAUGUCUCCAUCAUGUUUACGCCCGAUCGACCAACUCUUUGCUGUCCUCAUGCGUCUGAAAGUUGGACUGUACGUGCAAGACAUAUCAGAGAGAUUUCAGAUCAGCAGUGCCUCAUUCUCUAUGUAUUUUUCUACCUGGAUAAGUUUAAUUCAUGCAGAGCUUAAAUUUUUAAACCCAUUUCCUAGCAAAGAUAUUAUCAUGAGAACCAUGCCAGAAUCCUUUAAAGCCAAAUAUCCAUCAACCAGAGUGAUCAUAGACUGUACAGAACUUUUCAUACAAUCAUCAAGUAGCCUGAUUAACCAAAGCCUGACGUUUUCUAGCUACAAACAUCACACCACUGUUAAAUUUCUGGUUGGCAUCAGUCCUUCUGGGGUCAUUACUUUUGUGUCAGAUGCAUGGCCUGGAAAAACUUCAGACCGUCAGUUAACAGAGGAAUGUGGCCUUUUAGAAUUACUUGAGCCAAAUGACAGCGUAAUGGCCGACAAAGGUUUCACAAUAGCUGACUUACUUGAAAAAAGACAAUGUUUCUUAAACAUUCCACCAUUUAGAGGCACUUCGGGCCAGUUUUCCACUGAUGAAGUUUUUAAGACCAAAGAGAUUGCCCAACUUCGUAUUCAUGUUGAGAGGAGCAUUGGGCGAGUGAAGAAUUAUCACAUCUUGGAAGGAACGAUUCCUCUUACUAUGGUCCACUUCAUCACAAAGAUUUUUCAAGUCUGUUGUUGGCUGACCAACUUGGAUUAUCCACUUGUUGAUGGAAAGAAACUUUUGACAGAUGAAUCAAAUAAUUCUUCGGAUGCAGUGGGUGUACAGCUGUAGUCACCUCCACUUCAUUCUCCACUACACUUGGGACACCAGUGUCUGGGAUGUUCCAGAGAUGAGCCAUUCCUAGACAGCAAUUAAAGGCAGCAAUUAAAUUUGUGCAUAUAUUGAUUG